AUGGAGCGUUUCUUUCGAAAUCUUGUGCAGAAGUCGCUGAGGUAUUUUGAUUUGAGGAUGAAGACCAUGGAGGAAAACGAUGUUACCACCUUCCACGAGGAUGAUGAACAAUAUGACUACGAUGACGAUUCUGAUGACCAUCAUUUCUUCGAUAGUGAUCCAGAUGAAGACGCAGAUAACAACCAGAAAGACCCGCCCGACAAGAAUCACUGCUUUACAGUCACAGAAGAAAACAGUGACGACGAAAAUUAUGACGAGGUUAAUAGUUUUUUCUCUAAGAAAAACCACGAUGAUGAUGGCGACGACGACGACGACGAUAGUGAUGAUGAGAAAAAAAACAGUGAUGAUGACAGUGACGAGGAAGAAGAAGAAGAAGAAGAAGAAGAUGACUCCAAUGACAAAGAGAAAGAGGAUGAUGAGGCAGAAAACAGAAAAAAGCAUCCCUACUUAAUGGAAGAUAUUUUCGGUAGUGAUGUUGGUGAAGAAGGUGAAGAACAGGAUUUCAGCAGCCACGAGAGCAGUGACGAUGAGAAAGAUGAUGAUGAUGAUGAUGAUGAUGAAAAAGAUAACAGUAAAAAAGAAGAGGCAGAGGAUGACAAAGAUGAUAAAUUUGAUGAACAAGGGAACAGUAAAGGAGAAGAGGAAGAGGAUGGUGAUCAGGAGGAUAAUGUUCCACUUACACCCAAAAGAAAAAGGUCUGAUAAAAGUAAAUCAUACGAGGAUAAGUUUCCAUUUAUACCCAAAAGAAAAAGGUCUGGUGACAAAUCAGAUGAGGAUGGUAAAAAGAAUUUGUAA